AUGUCCGUCACUCCAGUGACCCAGGACGACGACUUCGCCUCCCGGGCGUUCGCGGACGCCAUCAAGGCCAACGAUCCCGCGCAGCACCGCGCCAGCCUCGCGGCCUCACAGCUCUCGCCCACCACCUCUACAUCCUUCGGGCUCUCCAUCAGCAGCGCCGGGAUCCGUCCCUCGUCUUCUGCAUCCUCUUCCUCAGCGGUCAGCGCGGGGCGGACCCCGUCUUCGAAGGCCGGGGUUGCGCGCCCCCCGAGCCGGACGUCCGAAGUGUUUGCGCGGAGCGCGAGUCGUGCCGGGAGCGGGUUCGACGUGGGCGACAAUGUCCGAAUCGAGUCGCUCGGCUUCGAGGGUGCCCUCAGGUACUUGGGGGAGAUCGACGGCAAGCCGGGUAUGUGGGCCGGUGUGGAGCUUGGCGGCGGGUUCGCAGGGAAGGGGAAGAAUAAUGGGAGUGUUGCUGGAAAGCAGUACUUUACAUGCCCACCCAAUUGCGGUGUCUUUGUCGCAUCAACGAAGCUUUCCCCGCCACCGUUGGAUCAUCACGGCCCAUCAACUUCUGGGCGGGUCACGCCCUCUAUGAUGACUUCACUGGGCAACGGUCGGAAAACACCAUCUAUUUCCAACGGACGAGUUACCCCAUCGAUGUCGAACGGCCGAGUUACUCCCGCUGCGUCUACAGGUCGCAGAACUCCCAGCAAUCUCCAGACUCCAUCCGCUCGGCCAAGGACUUCAACUGUCACGCGAUCGGUGGUUACGCCUGGACGUACUACAACUACUGCCAAGUAUCUUGCGAAGACACCAGGAAGUCCAUCCCGUUCAAGCACAGCAACUCUUGGUUCCCCGAGACAACCUGCGAGAAACCUGGCUUCACCAACCCGAAGCACUCCAGCUCUGGGCACUAUCCGCCCUUCAAACAUUGGAAUGGGCUUACCCACUUCCACCACACCCUCAAAACCAAGAUUGCCCAGCGCAAUCGCCAUGCCCCCUCCCCCUCUCCUUCUAACACAACGUAUUCUAGCCGUUCUACUCCUGUCGACAUGCCUUCCGCAGCCAUUCAAGAUCGCAUCCCCCCGCCCCGACUCCCGCGUAUCCACCGCCGACUCCGCCAUGGCGCUCGAGAUGCAGAACCGGCUUGACGUUCUCCAAGCGCGACUCAACACCACCAAGAACGAGAACGAGCGCUUCCGCUCCGAGGCUGAGGACCUCCGCAAGCGCGUGGACGGCUCCGAGCGCGAGGCGUCGGCACGUAUCGAGUCGCUCGUAGCGGAACGCGACCAGCUCCAGCAGAAUGCGGUCAAGGUGUCGGAGCUCGAGGCCGCGGCGCGCUCGGCGGAGCGCAGCCUCAGCGAGCGCGAUGCGCAGAUCGAGACGCUCCAGCGCGCGGUCGAGGAGGCCGCCAAGGACGUCGAAAAGGCGCGCAGCGAUGGCGACGCGCGGCUCCGCGACGCGCAGAACAAACUCGAGGACAAGGAGGCUCUCGUCGCACAGCUCAAGGAGGCCGUCGAGGCGCGUGAGGGCGAACAGAGCGAGAACGCAGAUCUACUUAAGGCGAAGAAUGGGGAGAUCGCGCUGCUGGAGGCGCGGGUGCAGAAGGCAUACGCAGAGCUGGAGGAGGAGAGGAGAGAGCUUGGUGCUCAAGUGGACGAACUGAGGAAGGCGGGUCAAGAAACCAUCGCACUCUACGAAGAGCGUCUCAAUGCCGCCGACUCCAAGCGAUACGAGCUCGAAGACCUUGUUAUCUCACUCGAAGAGCAGGUCAAGGCGGCCGAACGUCCCGUCUCACCCGGUGCCGCCGCUCGUCAAGCCGAAUCCGCUGCGCAGAUCGAGAAUGAGAUGCUGCGCGGGGAGGUACAGCAUCUGCAGAAGAAGAUCUCUACGCUUGAGGACACUCUCGAAGAGAUGCGCGUUGCGAAUGAGAGCGAUGAUGCCGCGGUUCGGGAUAGGAUCAAGCGUUACAAGGACCGCGAUGAGAAUAUUCGCAAGGAGCUCACCGAUGCCCGCCAAGAGGUUGAGCGGGUGCGCAAGGCUGAAGAGAGGGCACGUUUGCGGGUGGAGGAGAUCGAGGAGGCGCUGCGUGAGAACACAGUCACGCUGGAGAACGCUCAGACAGAGAUCGAGACACUCAGAGGCGAGAUCGCGGUGAGUGAUUUAUUUCCCAGGCAUGAUGUUCUUGGCCUUGAACAAUCGCAUGUCAGAACCUCGAGGGUCUUGCCGCAGCGUCCGCGAGUAACUCGUCUGAUAAGCUCAGCGAGAUGCAAACUCGCGCAUGCCAUCGCCUCAGCCGGCGGUGCGGAUCCAGACGAGCUCCAUAUUCUGAAGGAAGACAAGGAUGUACUUCAACAAUCUCUCAAGCGGACCCAGACAGAGCUCGCAGAUGAGCGUGCAAUCGUCGAGGAGCUGCGUGUACUCGUCAAUGAGCGUUCAGUCGAGCUGGACACUCUUCGCAAGAAGCUCAACCGAGAUGGUCACGUCAACGGCGGCGAACUCAAGGCUCCGCCCUCGCCAGCUUCCAAACAUGACCUUUCCGCCGCGCGUGACGAGAUCACUGGUCUCAAACACAUUGUACAAGAGCUGCAGAAAGAGAGCACCAUCCUCAACCAGAGAAACAAGGUUCUCGAGGCCGAGAACAGACUGCUUCUCUCGGAGACAGAGCAGCUCCGCGAGGAUCUCAAGAUCCUCGAGGACGAUGUUGAGAAGAGUCUCUCCCGGGAAGAGGCAUUGGCGAAUGGCGAGCAUUCGCCACCGCCUGGGACGCCUUCCAUGGACGAUAUUCAAGCCCUCCAAAGGAGUUACAAAGAUCUCAAGACCAAGUAUGAGACCGAGGUUGAGCAACUCAAGAAGAAGCUUGCUGAUAUCGAGAUGAAGCACGCUCGCCAAGUGCAUGAUCUCAACAAAGAGAUCGGCGAGUUGGAAUCGCUUAUUGAAUCCAAGAUUUACCGUGAGGAUGAGCUCGAGGCGGAAAUUGACCGGCUCAAGGAGAAGCUCGCAAAAAGUCAGAAAAAGCUGUCCAAGAACGACCUCCCCGAGGAACCUUUACAUCGCCCAGCCUCAUCCGCCUCAACAAUGUCCUCCGUUGGUCAAUCUGGCGAAGAAGUCUGCGAGAUUUGUGAACGUCCAGGGCACGAUAUUUUCACCUGUGAUCUCCUCAAGGAAGGCGCACCACCCCCCAGUUCCGCCUCCUCGCACUUCCGAAGAGACGAGGACGAAGCUAUCUGCGAGGACUGCGAGGAGCGCGGUCACACGGCUGCCAAUUGCCCUCACUCUCUCGAUGUCUUCUGA